AUGAUUUUUCCAGAAGUGAAUACUUUUAGGGCUACAUUAAGGGACUAUGCAGUGCAAACUGGUUUCAAGAUAGUAAGAGACAAAAAUGAGAAGUCUAGAGUAACAGCCCAUUGUGCUGCUGAGGGCUGCCCUUGGAGAAUUCAUGCAUCUCCACUUCCAGAUGGGAUCACCUACAAGAUUAAAACCUUAGUACCUACUCACACAUGUAGCAGGAUGAACACAAACACUGAAGCUACAUCAGCUUGGAUUGCUAAAAAAAUGGUUGAAAGUUUUAAGGACAAUCCACACAUGGGCUUAGAUACCAUGCAAAUGAAACUGAAUAAAAUGUUUGGGAUUGAGGCUUCAAGAAUGCAACUGUAUAGAGCCAAAAGGAGGUGCAAGGAGGAGCUGGAGGGUGAUCAUGGGAGCCAAUAUGUGUUGUUGCCAACAUAUGCUAGUCAAAUCAACAAAACAAACCCUGGCAGCUUGGUUGUCAUAAAUUAUGACAUACCCUCUACCCCAGUCUCAGAAGAUGGAGAACAACCAGACCCUACCAUUCCUCAAUAUCCAUUGUUCCAAAGAAUUUUCAUAUCAUUUGAUGCAAUGAAAGCAGGGUUCAUUAAUGGAUGUAGGCCAUUCAUAGGGGUAGAUGGGUGUCACUUGAAGGGUCCCUAUGGUGGUGUUUUAAUUUCAGCAGUUGCCUUGGAUGGAAAUAAUGGCUUGUUUCCAUUGGCAUUGGCAAUAAUAGAGGGUGAAUGCAAGGACAGUUUGUCUUUUUUCUUGCACAACUUGAGAACAAUCAUAGAAGAUGCACUACCUUCUAGACCAUGGACCAUCAUGUCUAAUCAACAAAAGGGCCUUGAUAAGAUUGUGAGUGACAUUAUACCGGAGGCAACUCAUAGAAGAUGUUGCAUGCAGCUAUAUAACAAUUUCAGAGCCAAAUUUCCGGGUUUAAUUUUGAGGAAGCAAUUUUGGAGAGCAGCAAGGGCUUACAAUCAGAUGGAGUAUGAUAAGGCUAUGCAAGCCAUUAAGGACCUGAACAAUGAUGCUUGCAUUUGA